AUGGCACCCCCGGCCGCCUCCCUCCGCGUCGCCGGGCCCCACCCCUGCCCGUUUUCUCCCGCGGCGCCUCUCAUGAUUCAAUUUCACCCAGCCAACUGGCAAAUCCCCUUUGCCAGCACGCACCCCUGCGCGGGCCCUGGACGCCAGCCCCAACGCUCACCCGCAACCGCGGGCGCCGGGCACCUGCCUGGCCCCCGCCGUGAGCGCCGGCCGGCCAGCCGCCCUUGCCCUACAGGUCCUCCGGACCCACGUCGCCUGCCAUCGUGCGUGCAAACGCUCCGGUGUCCGAAAGUGAUUCGUGGGGGCGUCGUGGAGGCCCACCGCAUUCCUACCGCCGUCUUACGCGGCCAACUGGCCUCGCCCCUCCAGAAGGAGGAGGGACCCAGGCUCGGCGCCUGUGCCCCAUCCCGAUGCCCCCUCCAACCGCCCGGCGCUGCCGGGCUUGUCAGUGGGGGUGUUGUUACACAAAUCUAG